AUGGGAGAUUUGGCCUGCAAGACUGCCCCUGGUUCUAUCGACGAGAGCUCGCCUCUCAUGGUUACCACUAGCUCUGCAGACAGGCGUGGGGUGCGCCCUCAUGCCGGUGCCGAUGAGUCGUCUAAGAAUGCACUGUACAUGUUUUUUUUGACUGUAUCGAUUGGUGGACUUCAGAUUGUUUGGUCUGUCGAACUUGGCAAUGGAUCUCCAUUCCUUCUAUCCCUCGGGAUGAGCAAGUCGCUUCUUGCCGUUGUUUGGAUAGCCAGCCCCUUGACAGGUGCGCUGGUGCAACCAUACAUCGGCAUUCGAAGCGACAACUGCCGACUUUCGUGGGGUAAGAGGAAACCAUUCAUGGUCAUUGGGGGUGCAGCAACAAUCGUUUCAUUACUAGCUCUGGCAUGGGUGAAAGAGAUUGUGGGGGGUGUUGUGUCUAUAUUCGGCGUUGAAUCAACAUCUGAAGGGGCCAAGAUUACUAUCAUUAUCAUGGCAACAAUUUUUAUGUAUUGCCUCGAUUUUGCCAUCAACACUGUGCAAGCUGCAAUCAGAGCAUUCAUCGUCGACAACUGUCCCGCCCACCAGCAGGAGCUGUCCAACGCCUGGGCUAGUCGUAUGGUCGGCGUUGGCAACAUCUUGGGGUAUAUCUUUGGCUAUAUGGACCUGCCAAAAAUUGUCCCUUGGUUGGGAAAUACGCAGUUCAAGGUCCUGUGUGUACUCGCCUCGAUCUUUCUGAGCGCAACCCUUGCCAUUAGUUGUGGCUACAUCAAAGAGCGGGAUCCUCGAGGAGACGGACCUGUGACCGACAAGCUUGGCAUCGUCUCCUUUUUCAAACAGGUCAUCAAGUCGAUUCGGAGCUUGCCAACGCAGAUCUCCCGCGUCUGUCAGGUGCAGAUCGCAGCGUGGGUGGGAUGGUUCCCAUUCCUGUAUUAUUCCACGACUUAUGUUGGGCAGUUGUACGCCAAUCCCAUUUUCGCGGAGAAUCCUCAUCUUUCUGAGGGUGAGCUCGACAAGAUCUGGGAAGAUGCUACUCGUAUCGGGACACUGGCUCUCCUCGUCUACGCUAUCAUCUCUUUCCUUUCCAACAUGUUGCUUCCUCUUUUCGUGGUCCCAUUAUACGGACCAGCGCCAGAGACUGUUUCGCGUCGAAAUUCUCAUUCUCUAGACCGCGAUUCGGAUGAUGAUGUAGAGCCUACAAGAAGACUAUCAUUUUCAAGUAUGCCAACAGGCACUGCAUCCGAGCCUCUGCUUGAGGCAGUUCCAGUCGGACAGGAGACCGAAGGGAAAACGACUUGGCUUUCACGUCUGCGCAUCCCAGGCUUGACCCUCCCGCGAGUCUGGCUACUGUCUCAUAUCCUCUUCGCAUUAUGCAUGUUCAGCACUUUCUUUAUCUACUCCCACCAAGCUGGGUCGGCGUUUGUGGGCCUCAUCGGUAUAUCCUGGGCUGUGGCGUUGUGGGCCCCCUUCGCUCUUAUCUCGGCGGAGGUAGCUCGGAUUGAUCCUUCGAGACGAAAUCAUCACCGCACAGCUCAAUCCACCUACAACGAGCAUGAAGCUGAUACUCAUGACGAGGGUGCUGGACAUCACAGCGUCAGUGGCAGUGAUGUUGAGCAUGGACACUCGAAGAAUUAUCGGGAUGGGGAUGUUGCACAGGCGGGUAUUAUCCUUGGACUACAUAACAUGGCCGUUUCUCUGCCACAGAUUCUGUCUAGUCUUGUUUGCAGUGCUAUCUUUAAGGCAUCUCAGAAGCCCAGAGGGGAGCCGUGGGAUGAUAGUGUGGGCUGGGUGCUACGAUUUGGUGGAUGUGCUGCGUUAGUGGCUGCAUGGUUGACCAGAAGGGUUUCAGAUGGGUCAGGAUAG